AUGGGAAUUCAUUUGACCGCCAUUUUCGCAUUAAUACCAUAUGUUUUGGCUCUCGAUAAUGGCCUAGCGCUGACUCCGCCGAUGGGGUGGUUGACCUGGCAACGAUUCAGAUGUAUAACAGAUUGCGAAAAAUAUCCAAAUGAAUGUAUAAGUGAAUCUCUCAUCAAACGUAUAGCAAAUAUUAUGGUCAACGAAGGUUAUUCACACGUCGGGUACAAAUAUGUAGGCAUAGAUGACUGUUGGCUCGAGAGAUCACGUGACGCUAACGGACGUUUAGUACCCGAUAGGAAAAGGUUUCCGAACGGUAUGAAAGCUAUCGCAGAUUAUUUGCACGAGCUCGGUUUGAAAUUCGCGUUAUACCAGGAUUACGGUACAAAAACCUGCGCUGGUUACCCCGGGGUACUCGGACAUGAGGCUGUCGAUGUUCAGACCUUUGCUGAAUGGGAAGUUGAUUAUAUUAAACUAGACGGAUGUAAUGUUAACGUUUCCAAGAUGGACACCGGUUAUCCGGAAUUUGGAAAAUUGAUGAAUGAAAGCGGUCGGCCCAUGGUAUACUCGUGCAGCUGGCCAGCGUAUCAAGAGAAACCUGAUUAUGCAUCUAUAUCGAAGCAUUGUAACAUGUGGCGUAACUGGGACGAUAUCCAGGACUCGUGGGCUUCACUCACAAAGAUCAUGGGUUGGUUCGCUGAAAAACAGGAAGAAAUAGCCAAAUACGCUGGACCCGGGAGAUGGAAUGACCCGGAUAUGUUGCUCAUAGGUAAUUUCGGUUUAUCACUGGACCAAGCGAGGGUUCAGAUGGCCGUGUGGUCAAUACUGGCCGCUCCGUUGCUCAUGAGUGUAGACUUGGCCACCAUCCGACCGGAGUUUAAGGAUGUGUUGCUUAACAAAGACAUCAUAGCCAUAGAUCAAGAUGAAAUGGGCAAGCAAGGGUUUAUGGUGUGGAGUAAAGAGAAAUGCGAGAUCUGGACUCGCGAAGUAGUGGACGGUAUAGCGGUAGCGUUCGUCAGUAAAAGAGAUGAUGGAGCACCUCACACUAUUGAAGUUACAACUGAGGAUAUGAAAAUACCAAAAACGACCUAUCAUAUACAGGAUCUGUACAAAGAUGGACCUAAUUUCAAAUUUGAAUCCAAAGAACGCUUCAUAACCAGAAUCAAUCCAUCAGGCGUCAGAUUCUACAAGUUCAUCCCAAUAAAAGAAAAUGAGGUUGAAAGCCCUUCUAUAACUUAUAUAUAG